AUGUCGACCAACCGCCCUUUCCUGGCCAACUUCCUGGCUGCCUUCCGCGCCCAGUCGACCUACAAAGCCGCAGCCGCCGGCUCCCAGUCCGCAGGCGGUCCCUCGCAGUCCAUCUCUCCCUCCCAGAUCUCGCAGGGGCGCGCGAGCCAUCGCAACCAAGGCCAGCACGGCGGCCUCACCACCCGCCGCGUCCGACACCACCGCAGCAUCUACCCCUCCCGCCCUCACUCCCACCCACGCUCCCCGCUCAGCCCGCCCCCCACCGUCGCAGAUUCCCCCAUCCCGUCCGCCUCGCCCACUCCCGCGGCCGCGCCGCCCUCGUCGCCGCCCACGCCCGCCUCCUCGAAUCCCAUCCCCAUCGCCGGCCCGGACCGCCAGCGCCGCGGGAGCGACAGUUCCAGCGGCUCGGGCGGCUUCCGCGACGCCCUCGGCCCGGAGAAGUGGUAUGUCGGCGGCCGCACGCCCGCCGGCGAGGAGCGCUUCUACCGGCUCGGGAUGGUGACCAAGGGCGGCGGGAGGCUUGGGGGCAGCGGUCGGGUCGGGAGUAUCGACCAGUUGAGUCUGUAG